AUGAAUUCGUUUCUCAAGUUUACGGCCGUUGGCCUUGUAUUUGGCCUCUCGCUGGCCUCCGGCACUAUUAUUCCAUCCUACUUUGAACGGGCUGCGAUAACCAAGCGCCAGAUAAACCUCAUGGAAUUCCAGAAAGACCUUGGCGAACGUGUCUCUUACAACACGAGCAUAUACCUACCUUUCGAUACUAAGUUCGCCAGCGCAACGGAACGGUAUGAUACAUACGCACCUCCGACGAUCGAGUUAGUGGUCGUCCCAGGAUUGGAGUCUGAUAUCCCAAUCAUCGUCAAAUGGGCCAAUAAGAACAGCCUGCCGUUCCUUGUCAAAAACCGUGGCCACGCUAUGACAUACACCAUAGGGAAAUUCAAGGGUGUACAGAUCGACAUGUCCGGUCUUCAAAAAAUCGAUAUCCAGCCCCAUGGUAAAACGGCGUGGUUCCAGGGUGGAACAUGGGAUUCCCAAGUCAUGGAGUACUUGUGGGAACGAGGCUAUGUUACGACGACGGGAAGCUGUGGUUGUGUUGGUAUGAUGGGUCCUGGUCUUGGUGGUGGUCAUGGACUGUACCAGGGCUUGUACGGAUUGAUCAGUGAUAAUCUCGUUAACAUCAAUCUCGUUCGCGGCGACGGCUCGCAUAUCAGGGUCAAUUCUACAAGCCAUUCCGAUUUGUGGUGGGCCAUGCGAGGUGCCGGACACAACUUUGGCAUCGUGACCAGCUUCGAACUUAACAUCUACCCCAAAAGGAUUGAUUCUUGGCAUUACCAUAAUUACGUCUUUACUCAGGAUAAGCUGGAACGCUUCUUCGACGCGCUGAAUGUGUUUCAUGGAAAUGGUUCGACCCCAGUCUUGAUGGGGUUGAACAUGGGUGGGUUUUCAAUGAAUACAUCCAUCAGCAAGACCGAGCCCAUUAUAAGCUGGUCGUUCGGCUACGCCGGACCUGCUCACGACGCCGAGCGGCUCCUAGCGCCAUUUAACCGGAUCAGCGCUGCCUGGGAGGGCAGCGGCGAUGUCCCGUUCCCCGGGAUCUCUGACGCUAUGAACACUGGCAAAAAUCAGCCGAUCUGCGCCCCAAAUCAUACACGCAUUCAAUCUACUUCAGCCAUUCAGACGUACAAUGUGACCGCAGAACGCCAGAUCUAUAACCUCUACAAUGAGACCAUAGCUAGGCACCCUGAAAUUUCCGACUCAGGAGUCAUACAUGAGGGAUACUCAACCGCAGCCGUCGCGAAAGUCGAUCCUGCUAGUACCGCUUUCCCCUGGCGUGAUUACUACCUUCUUCAUUGCUUCGAGGUAAAGUUACCGGUACAAGUGUCGGAGAACACACUGGCCCUGGGUCGUUUAUUAGCUCGACAGAUACGAGAUUUGUGGAAUGCCGGCGCACCAAAUCUCAAGCCAUCCACCUAUGUCAACUACGCCUUUGGUGAUGAGUCGAUACAGUCGAUAUACGGAUACGAACCAUGGCGGCUUGCUAGACUGCGGGUCCUGAAGAAGAAAUAUGAUCCCAAGAAUCAGUUUAGCUAUUAUAACCCCUUCGUGUAG